AGUGUAGCUCUCAGUGACAGCUCAGACAAUAUGCCUGUGAGACAUUGACGAGGAGUAAAACCUCAAGAGUUUUCACACACACUCAUGGGUGAGAUGGUUCACUGAAAAAACAGACUUCUUCUGUGUGGACACUGAACACAACAAACAUGAACAAACUUGCGAAGGCUCUGUAUGACAACACUGCAGAGUGUGCAGAUGAGCUUGCUUUCAGAAAAGGGGACAUCGUCAUGGUGAUGAAUCAAAACGUGGCCGGCACCAGCGGAUGGUGGAUGUGUUCUCUUUAUGGACGCCAUGGUCUGGCCCCUGCAAAUAGACUGCAGCUUUUACCACAAACUGGAACCACUGAGGGCUCAUUAAGCCAUGAUAUUGAAAAGAAUACAUUUACUGAUGCUGAAACUGCACAAAAUAUCUACCAGAUCCCGAGUGUACCACGACCGUCCAGCAGCCCAGCUUAUGAACGCAUGGACAUGAUCUACAAGGUCCCGUCCAGUCCUUUAUCAGCUUCAAAAAUUCCAGUCCCGCCAGCACUUAGACACAGCACAGAAGGACAUGAGGAAAACAAGCCUUCAUUCUUGAGCAUGGUGUCCAGUCCAACAGGGGAGGUUUACGAUGUCCCGAGCCAAGCAAGACAAUCCUCUCUUCUCACUGCAGCAACGACUCCAAGAAAUAUGCCACGAAAACACUCACUGAUUCCUAUUUCAGAGCUGGAGAAACAAUUUGACUCUCCGGAGCAUUUAAGGUGUAGCAGUCCAGUAGACUCUUAUGUGUAUGCAGUUCCACCACACUUGCCUCAGGAUCCAAACUACGACAUCCCUGUUCCGUUGACUACAGAAGCCCAGCAGAAAAUGAUGGGUGGAUGCAGCACCCUUCCUAGCCCCCGCAAGCCUGAAUGGAUUUAUGAUGUGCCAGUAGGUCCUGAGAAACAAAGUCCACCCCAAGUGUCCUAUGAUACCAUGCGCUCCAAAGCCAUUUUCAGGCAACUCUAUGACAAUCUUCCAGCACAUGCUUGGCCCAUUCAAAGAGGCAGUCCGUCUCCUUCGCUUUAUGAUAUACCAAAACCCAAUUCACUUGACAUCCUGAGUCCACCCAAAGUGUUGCCAAGGGUCCCAAUUUAUGACAAGCCCCCAACUCAGAGGCUUACAGAGGAGUUAGUAUACGCAAUUCCACCACAGGAGGAACCUUUCUCUCGAGUACUCAGUCAACCCUCUAGUGAUCAUAUACCACUAGAAUGCAGGGGCGACUCAAGUAAUGCUCAUGAACUCACAAGGGUGCGCCUGCAGCGAAUGAGGAACUUCCUGGCCUGUACGUCUUACCAUGACCUUCCUGGAAGUGGGGAGUCACUGGUUCAGGAGGACGACGAGCGAGGUAGAAACCUACGACUCUCUGCAGCAGACAGUCAAAGAAUCAGCACGGCCUCCAGCUCCUCCACCAGCUCUUGUGACUCUCUGGCUUUGAGUUCGUCCUCUCCUGAGCCUCUGCGAGAAGUAACGCUCAGCCAGGAUCAGGCCUGUCGCAGACUUAUAGACCUGCAAGCGUCCAUUUGCAGGGCCGUCCCCUGUCUCAUGGAGUUUGUCAGCAGUCACUGGAGGAGCAAAGAACAUCUGGAGAAACACUUGAAGGAGAUCAAAGAAGCAGCAGAGGGGAUUACAUUUUCUCUGACAUGCUUCCUAAACUUUGCCUUGGACGUUAAGGGCAAUGCACGCCGUUUGACUGAUGCCAACCUUCAGACGAAGCUCUAUAAACAGCUGUCCAUCGUGGAAGACUCAGGUGUGAUCCUACAACAAUCAGUAAGUGCUCUGAACAUGGCUGGCUGGCCCCUAAAUAUACUCUGUCAGGACCUUGGGAAGGUCCAGACACCUGACCAACUGGAGCGUUUCGUAAUGGUGGCACGUACUGUUCCAGAGGACAUCAAGCGUUUGGUAUCCAUCAUCAAUGCCAAUGGGAAGCUUCUGUUCAGAGCCCCUCACGAAGCUCCAGAGCCUCUCAGCAACAUAGUUCAAAUAGAGACAAAGAAAAGUCCCGAUGAAAGUGAACAAGGAAGGGACUUAGUGGAGGAUGACAACGACUACGUAGAGCUACAGACUAAGAAUGACUUUGAACAGCAGCAGAAGGAACCAAAAGAAAACAUCACAUCAGACAUAGUCUCUAACAAUAUACAGGCUCAUAACAAGCAUCACUCUUCUGAGUCCGGCAGAGGCACAGAAGAACUUCGACCACCCUCUGUGUCAGAGCACUGCCGGCUUUAUUUUGGCGCCCUCCAGAAGGCCAUCGGGGGAUUUGUUGGCAGCCUUCGGGAUGGCCAACCACCAGAGAAAUUCAUCUUGCAAAGUAAGCUGGUGAUCAUGGUGGGCCAGAGACUGGUGGACACCCUGUGCAGAGAGGCCCAACGGGGAGGGUCCACUCAGACCCUCCUGUGUAAGAGCAACCACCUGUGUGCUCUCCUAAAGCAGCUGGCUGUGGCCACCAAGAAAGCGGCGCUGCACUUCCCAGAUAAGCAAGCUCUAGAUGAGGCUCAAGAGUUUGCAAAGGAACUUGCCCAAAGAGCACAGCAUUUUCGGAUAUCACUUGACCUCUGAGCACACAUACUGUAUUUAGCAUGUGGAUUUGUUUGUACAGUAAAAUACAUUUAUUCAUCAUCGAUUUAAUGUCAUAAUGCUCAUGCUUCACUGGCCAAAAAGGUCAUCACUUCAGCUGAAUGUUGUUAUCAUAAUGAAUGCAGGUACUGACACAAGCAGAAAUAUGGAAUUGUAUUUGUACCAAAAUAAAAGACUUUACCACUCUGGAGUUCCAAAAUAAAAUGCACAUUUAGAAUUUGUCCUCAAGCCAGUUUUAAAAUGCAAAUAAAAUAUAAAAUAAUUUGUUUUAUAUAAUUAUAAAUUUUGAAUAUUAUACACUUUCAUACUCUCUGAAUAUUGUUAUGUGGAUGUUUUAUGUAUUUUAUUACUUUAUUGUGUAAAAAGUAUACUCUCCAGGGUAGUAGUUUGAUAAAGUCUUACUUUUUAUGAAUAUCUAUGUAAAUACGUGUUUUACACAUUUUGGAUUUUUAUUGAUAAUAAAAUGAAAACUUCUUUA